AUGUCGGAUUCAAUGUCCAGCUUUUUGCACAUUGGGGACAUCGUUUCCCUUUACGCAGAGGGCUCUGUCAAUGGUUUUAUAAGUACACUUGGGUUGGUGGAUGACCGAUGUGUGGUAGAACCAGCUGCAGGGGACCUGGACUAUCCCCCCAAGAAGUUCAGAGACUGCCUCUUCAAAGUGUGUCCCAUGAACCGUUACUCUGCACAGAAACAGUUCUGGAAAGCCAAGCAGGCCAAGCACGAGAAGGACAAGAUCGCUGAUGUUGUGCUACUUCAGAAACUACAGCAUGCCUCUAACCUGGAGCAGAAACAGAAUGAGACCGAAAACAAGAAAGUCCAUGGAGAUGUAGUAAAAUAUGGCACUGUCAUUCAGCUGCUGCAUAUGAAGAGUAAUAAAUACCUGACUGUGAAUAAGCGUCUGCCUGCCCUGCUGGAGAAGAAUGCCAUGCGCGUCACCCUGGACGGAACGGGGAAUGAGGGCUCCUGGAUGUUCAUCCAACCCUUCUGGAAGCUAAGGGCCAACGGAGACAAUGUAGUGGUAGGAGAUAAGGUGAUCCUGAACCCAGUGAAUGCAGGCCAGCCCCUACAUGCCAGUAACUAUGAGCUCUCUGACCACACUGGAUGCAAAGAGGUUAACUCUGUGAACUGCAACACUAGCUGGAAAAUCAACCUGUUCAUGAUGUUCAGUGACCACAAGGAUGAAGUCUUGAAAGGAGGGGAUGUAGUGCGGUUGUUCCAUGCGGAGCAGGAGAAGUUCCUGACCUGUGAUGAGUACAAGGUCAAGCUGCAUGUGUUCCUCCGUACCACCCUGCGCCAGUCUGCUACCUCUGCCACCAGCUCCAAUGCCCUGUGGGAAGUGGAGGUGGUGCAUCAUGAUCCAUGUCGAGGAGGGGCCGGACACUGGAACAGUCUGUAUCGCUUUAAACACCUUGCCACAGGGAACUAUCUUGCCGCUGAGGAGAAUCCGGGUUAUAAAGGUGACAGCGUUGAAAUCCAGACUUCGGCGAGAAAACUAAAGAUGUUGGGUGAGAGGAUAAAGUACAAGCUGGUGGCUGUGCCUCAUGGGAAUGACAUUGCCUCCUUGUUUGAGCUAGACCCCACCACUCUGCAGAAAACAGACUCCUUUGUGCCAAGGAAUUCAUACGUGCGUCUCAGACACCUAUGCACCAACACAUGGAUCCAGAGUACCAACGUGCCCAUAGAUAUCGACGAGGAGAGACCCAUCCGGCUCAUGCUGGGCACCUGCCCUACCAAGGAGGAUAAGGAGGCAUUUGCCAUAGUGUCCGUGCCAGUGAUGGAGAUCCGGGAUCUGGACUUUGCCAAUGAUGCCAGUUUCAUGUUGAGCACAAUAGUGGACAGGUUCAAUGAGGGCUUUAUCAGUCCCAAUGACAGAAGAUUUGCCAUUAAGCUGCUGGAGGACCUAGUGUUCUUUGUGGUGGACACGCCCAACAGCGGCCAGGUCGUCCUGGAUGUGGCGAUGACCAAGGCCAACCGCGAGAGACAGAAACUCAUGAGGGAACAAAACAUCCUCAAACAGAUCUUUGGGAUCUUGAAGGCCCCUUUCAAAGAUAAAGGGACAGAGGGCCCAUUGCUGCGAUUGGAGGAGCUGUCAGACCAGAAGAAUUCCCCCUACCAGUACAUGUUCCGUCUCUGUUAUCGGGUACUGCGACACUCACAGGAAGACUACCGCAAGAACCAGGAGCACAUAGCCAAGCAGUUCGGGGUGAUGCAGUCUCAGAUUGGCUAUGACAUCCUGGCUGAGGACACCAUCACUGCUCUGCUGCACAACAACCGCAAGCUGCUGGAGAAACACAUCACCAAGACGGAGGUGGAGACCUUUGUUAGCCUGGUCCGCAAGAACAGGGAACCCAGGUUUCUGGACUACCUGUCAGAUCUGUGUGUGUCCAACAACGUGGCCAUUCCUGUCACUCAGGAGCUGAUCUGUAAGUGUGUGCUGGAUCCCAAGAACCAAGACAUCCUCAUAAAGACUGAACGACGUGUGCCCAAAGAGAUUCCCAAUGCCACUGAAUACAUGGGCAUGGAGGAGUAUGCUGACGAUGAUGAGGUGUGGCUAGUCUGGACUGACAAGACGAAUGAGAAGCAAGAGAAGGGCAUCAGACAGCUAGCUCAGGAGGCCAGACAGGGGAAUGCUCAUGACGAGAACGUGCUCACGUACUACAGGUACCAGCUGAAGCUGUAUGCACGAAUGUGUCUGGACCGCCAGUACCUGGCCAUAGAUGAGAUCUCUAAGCAGCUGGAUGUGGAGCUCAUCUUCCUGUGCAUGAUGGACGAGACACUGCCCUUUGACCUGCGCGCCUCUUUCUGCAGGCUGAUGCUGCAUGCGCACGUCGACCGAGACCCCCAGGAGCUGGUCACGCCCGUCAAGUUCGCCCGUCUCUGGACAGAGAUCCCCACCUCCAUCACAAUUAAAGAUUAUGACUCCAACAUGGAUGACUCGCGAGACAAUAAGAAGAACAAGUUUGCCAACACCAUGGUGUUCAUGGAGGAGUACCUCAACAACGUCCUCAAUGAUGACUUGCCUUUCGCUGACGAGGAAAAGAACAAACUGACCUAUGAGGUGGUGAGCCUGGCCAGACACCUCAUCUACUUUGGCUUCUACAGUUUCUUUGAGCUGCUGAGGUUGACACGGACCCUUCUGGGAAUCAUCGACUGCAUCCCUAACCCUUCACUCAUCAACCCCAUGUUCCAGGACGAUGGCAGUGGGAAGAACAUGAAGCGUUCCAUCCAUGGUGUUGGCCAGAUGAUGUCCACCAUGGUACUGAGUAGGAAACAGUCCAUGUUUGGCGGUCCAGGCCGGAGUGCUUCCAACACAGAGGGCCAGAACCGCAGUAAGGACAGCAUCGACAAACAGGACGUCACUGUCAUGGACACCAAGCUGAAAAUACUGGAAAUCCUGCAGUUUAUCCUGAAUGUCCGCCUGGACUAUCGGCUCUCCUUCCUGCUUUCUGUCUUCAAGAAAGAGUUUGUUGAUGUUUAUCCCAUGGCAGAUGCCGAUGCUACUACAUCAAUGGAGCAAGCAGCCACCAUCAACCUGCAGCACAUAGGAGAGCAGGCGGAGGCCAUGUUUGGUGUGGGGAAGGGGAACAGUAUUCUGGAGGUGGAUGAUGAGGGAGGUCGUAUGUUCCUGAGGGUGCUGAUCCAUCUCUCCAUGCACGACUACCCUCCUCUGGUCUCUGGAGCUCUACAGCUGCUCUUCAAACACUUCAGCCAGAGACAGGAGGUGCUGCACACAUUCAAACAGGUCCAGUUGCUGAUCUCGGGCCAGGAUGUUGAUAACUACAAGCUGAUAAAAAGCGACCUUGACCGUCUCCGCACCAUGGUGGAGAAGUCUGAGCUCUGGGUGGACAAGAAGAGCAGCUCUGGAGGAGGGGAGGGGAAGAAAGACAAGAAGGACAAAAAAGAGAAUGUAGAGGUGAGGGCGAGAUACGUUGCGACCCCCAAAAAAGAGAAGUCGGAUAAGAGCAAUGAGAACUACCAGAAAGUUAAAGAUAUCUUGGAGCGUCUGAAUAAGAUGUGCAGCUCGGGUGUGUGGAAGAAACAGCAGAGACUCCUGAAGAACAUGGGAGCCCAUAAAGUGAUGCUGGACCUGCUGCAAGUGUCAUACGAUCAGCAUGACACCAAGAUGCAGGGGAUCAUCAAGUGCACUCACCUGUUCCUGCAGAAGUUCUGCAUGGGGAACCUGGAGAACCAGAUGCUCCUCCAUAAGAACCUCAGUCUCUUUCUCAACCCAGGACUCAUGGAGGCAGAGACAGUGCAGCACAUCUUCAGCAAUAACUACCAGCUGUGUACAGAGAUCAGUGAGAACGUGCUGCAGCACUUCAUCCACUGCCUGGCCACUCACGGACGCCAUGUCCAGUACCUCAACUUCCUGCACACCAUCAUCAAGGCCGAGGGCAAGUACGUGAAGAAGUGCCAGGACAUGAUCAUGACUGAGUUAACCAACGCCGGUGAGGAUGUGGUGGUGUUUUAUAAUGACAAGGCAUCAUUUGCCACCAUGCUGGAGCUGAUGGCAGAGUCCAGGGAGGGGGUUCAGGAGCACAGCCCCCUGCGCUACCACAUCUCUCUGGUGGAGCUGCUAUCUGCCUGCGCUGAGGGCAAGAACGUUUACACAGAGAUCAAAUGUACCUCACUGCUGCCCCUAGAGGACGUGGUGAGAGUGGUCACACACGAGGACUGCAUCACAGAGGUGAAGGUUGCCUACGUGAACUUUGUGAACCACUGCUACGUAGAUACAGAGGUAGAGAUGAAGGAGAUUUACACAAGCAAUCACAUCUGGAAACUGUUUGAGGACUUCACUGUGGACAUGGCCAGGGUGUGUAACAAGAGAGAGAAGCGUCUGACUGACCCUAUCCUGGAGAAGUACAUCAUCAACGUGGUGUUUGAUACCAUCAAUGCCUUCUUCAGCUCCCCCUUCUCUGAAAACAGCACCUCUCUACAGACCCACCACACCAUAGUAACACAGCUGCUCCAGUCUAGCAUGCGUCUGCUGGACUGUCCCUGGCUGCAGCAGCAACACAGAGGCCUGGUGGAGACCUGCAUCCGCACUCUGGCUAUGACAGCGAAGAACCGCUCAAUUUCCCUGCCUCUGGACCUGGAUUCUCAGAUAACCACCAUGCUGAGCAGCAGUGCUCCCAACUCUCUGUCCCGCUCCAACCCCAACUACAAGAGCUCCACCCGCUCCAGCCGCCCCUCCGCCCCCAACAACCCCUGGGACUACAAGAACAUCAUCGAGAAGCUGCAGGACAUCAUCAACACCCUGGAGGAGCGUCUGAAGCCGCUGGUGAACGCAGAGCUGUCUGUUCUGGUGGACGUCCUGCAUCAGCCUGAACUCCUCUUCCUGGAGGGGACGGACGCACGGCAACGCUGCGAAUCAGGAGGCUUCAUCUCCAAACUGAUUCAGCACACUAAAGCCCUGAUGAGCUCAGAGGAGAAGCUCUGUAUCAAGGUUCUGAGGACCCUGCAGGAGAUGCUCAUACGCACACUGGACUUUGACGAGAAGGGCAUUGCACUGAGGAAGGUGCUGCUACAGAACUACCUCUUCACCAACAAGAAGAACAGCAAGGGAGAUCUGGUUGAACUUGGAGCAACAGGUGCUGAGCAGGAGAGAGACUGGGCGGCUGUAGUUGCAGUCCAGUGUCGCCUGGACAGGGAGGGUGGCACAAAGCUCUUUACUGACCUCGUCAUGAGCACCAAGAACGACAAGAUCUUCCAGGAGAGCAUCCAGCUGGCCAUAUGUCUGCUGGAGGGUGGCAACACAGAGAUCCAGAACUCCUUCUACAAGCUGAUGAUGGGGGACAACAAGUCUGAGAAGUUCUUCAAGGUCCUCCACGACCGGAUGAAAAACGCCCAGAUGGACAUCAAGGCCAACGUAUCAGUCAGCGUGGGGGAGAUGAGUAACAAAGCCAAUGACAACAAAGACCUGGAGACCAGUGAGCGGAACACUACUCUGAUCUUAGAUAGUCAAAUGCAGCCUGAGCAGAAGGAAGUGGAGACCGAGAUGGGCCCUGCAAUCAUCAUUAUGAAACCCAUUCUGCGCUUCCUCCAGCUGCUCUGUGAGAACCACAACCAGGAUCUGCAGAACUUCCUUCGCUGCCAGAACAACAAGACCAACUACAACCUGGUAUGUGAGACGCUGCAGUUCCUGGACAUCAUGUGUGGCAGCACCACGGGAGGCCUGGGUCUGUUGGGCCUCUACAUCAACGAGAGCAACGUGAGCCUCAUCACCCAGACCCUGGAGACGCUCACAGAGUACUGCCAGGGCCCCUGCCAGGAGAACCAGACUUGUAUAGUGACCCAUGAGUCGAAUGGAAUCGACAUCAUCACAGCCCUCAUACUGAAUGACAUCAGUCCUCUGUGUCGUUACCGCAUGGAGAUGGUGCUGCAGCUCAAGGACAACGCCUCCAAGCUGCUACUGGCUCUGAUGGAAAGUCGCCAUGACAACGAGAAUGCAGAGAGGAUACUGUUCAACCUUCGACCUCGGGAACUGGUGAAGGUGAUAAAGAAAGCCUACCAGCAGGAGAGUGAAUGUGAAGGUGGAGAGGUGUCACCUCAAGAGGUCGGCCACAACAUCUACAUCCUGGCACUUCAGCUGGCGAGGCACAACAAGAUACUGCUCAAUCUGCUGAAACCUGCAAAGAGGACCAAGGAGGGAGAGGAGGGCAUAUCCUCUAUGUUGAACCUGAACAAUCGGCCGCUCUCUCAAAUGUUGAAAUCUACCGUGCCGGUAGAGAGUGAGGAGCAGGACCCACUGGAGUUCUAUGACCAGCACACUUCACAGAUAGAGAUUGUGCGUGAGGACCGCAGCAUGGAGCAGAUCGUGUUUCCCAUUCAUCCCAUCUGUGAGUUCCUGACGGAGGAGUCCAAGUUCCGUGUGUUCAACACCACUGAGCAGGACGAGCAGGGCAGCAAGGUCACACACUUUUUCCAGCAGGCCUCCUUCCUCCACAACGAGAUGGAGUGGCAGAAGAAGCUCCGCAGUAUGCCGGUGCUGUUUUGGUUCUCUCGCAGGAUGAGCACCUGGGGCAGCAUCUCCUUUAACCUGGCCGUCUUCAUCAACCUCAUCAUCGCUUUCUUCUACCCCUACGACUCAGGCCAAGGUGCGAUAGAUGACUCGAUGCUGUCAAUGCUGUUCUGGGGUUUCCUGGGUCUGUCUGUCAUGGGCAUGUUUUCCAAACGAUACGGCCUCAGGCCCUUCACUGUGGCCCUCAUACUGCGCUCCAUAUACUGCUUCGGCAUCGGCCCCACUCUCAUCCUACUGGGCACCCUCAAUCUGAUAAAUAAGAUAGUGUUUGUGGUGAGCUUUGUGGGCAACAAUGGGACAUUUAUCAUGGGCUACCGUGCGAUGGUGAUGGACGUGGAGUUCCUGUAUCACCUGGCCUACGUUCUGACCAGCACCCUGGGGCUCUGUGUCCACGAGCUCUUCUACAGCUUCCUGCUGUUUGAUCUGAUCUACCGAGAGGAGACCCUGUUCAACGUGAUAAAGAGUGUGACCCGGAAUGGGCGCUCCAUCCUGCUCACUGCCCUGCUAGCCCUCAUCCUGGUCUACCUGUUCUCCAUUGUGGGCUUCCUCUGCCUCAAGAACGACUUCAUCAUGGAGGUGGACCCUCUGCCUCAGAUCGACUCAGGAGGACAUGGCAAUGAGGAGGCAUCCCAGGACAUCCUGAACUCCUGCAGUGGAGAUGGAGUCAGCUGCACUGCCGAGACAGGAUUCCUUGCUGAACCUGAUGAGGAGAACAAUUCGGAGCGGGCCUGUGACACUCUGCUCAUGUGCAUUGUCACCGUGCUGAACCACGGGCUGAGGAACGGUGGAGGGGUGGGAGACGUGCUACGAAAGCCCUCCAAAAACGAGCCACUGUUCCCAGCCCGCGUCAUCUACGAUCUCCUCUUCUACUUCAUUGUCAUCAUCAUCGUACUCAACUUGAUCUUUGGUGUCAUCAUCGACACCUUCGCUGACUUGCGUAGUGAGAAACAGAAGAAAGAGGAGGUCCUCAAGACCACCUGCUUCAUCUGUGGUCUGGAGAGGGACAAGUUUGACAAUAAAACGGUGUCUUUUGAGGAACACAUAAAGUUGGAGCACAACAUCUGGAACUACCUGUAUUUCAUCGUGCUUGUUCGCGAGAAGAACAAAACUGACUACACAGGUCCAGAGAGUUAUGUGGCCCUCAUGAUAAAGAGUAAGAACCUGGACUGGUUCCCCCGCAUGCAGGCCAUGUCCCUGGUGGUGACGGAUGGAGACGGGGAGCAGAAUGAAAUGAGGAACCUGCAGGACAGACUGACGUCCACUAUGAACGUGGUCAGCCAACUCACAGGACAACUAACAGAGCUCAAAGAACAGAUGACGGAGCAGAGGAAGAGGAGGCAGAGGAUGGGCUUCGUGGAUGUCCAGUCAGGAGGAGCUGGUGCAGCUAGUGUAACCCCCAGUGCUGCUGGAGGAAACCACCAGAUGUUCAACAAACCCUGAUGUCCCGUCUUACCGCCAUAGACUGGAAGAGUCCACCGAGCCUAUCCAUCCAUCAUGUGUUAAACAUAGUGGCGAUGUUCUUAGUUGUGACUGAUGCUGAGUGGACUGAGUUACUGCUGUUGGGUUCUUUGUAAAUCAAUGUUUUUCUUCAAGGGCCCCUUCAGUACUUCCGGUAGUCUGAAGCAAUAGAGGAAUACCUCACGUCCUCUCCCCUCAUCUCCUUCUCAAAACCCUUUGGAUGAGAAAGCCAGAGGUCCCGUCCCUCUGACCUCUUCCAAUGGGUUUUGAGAAGGAGACGACUAUGGAAUUGAGAUCUUCCCAGUCCAUGGGUGUUUGUCCUCACAGCUAUCUAUUAAUGGCAUUUGCACUGUUGCUGUGACAGACGUACCUCAGAUGAGGAAAUUAUGGAAAAUUGAUUCCUGCAAAGCAGGAAGCAACAUGUCCAUCCUUUAUAUGAAUGUAUGUAUAUACACUGAUUAAUACAGUAGGCACAUGAGUACCACAAUGUUUGAGUGUCUGAAACAUGCAUGUGAUUUGGUUUGGAACUUGUCACAGGGCCAUUGGACUGGUUAGAGAAGUGUCUCCAUUGCACUGUGAGUGCUUGCAUUGAGAAAUUGUUCUGACAGGCCUCAGUAAAAUAUUUGAUUUUAACUGUGUUUUAUCUUCUUUACAUGCCAGAUCUUCCAAAUGAAGUCAACUUUUUUGGGAGAUAGAUUUAUUAAACAAAAUACAUAUUUCAAUCAUUUUAGUAUACAAAGAAAGAGUGAAAUGUUAAGGCAAGAGUUCAAAGGUGCAAGGCAGGCACUUUCAGAGAAAGAUGUAACAUUGUUGCAAGUGUUUAAUCUAGGCUAUUGAGAAAAUUCUUAGGUUAGUUUGAAAUUGUCACUCAAGCAUAUAGACUAGCCUAUUUCACAGUGCAACAAAAGGUUUACCUCCCUGCUCUAUCACAGGAUUGUAGGUCUGCUUUGAAAUAACGUCAUUAGUGAUACAAGACCUAUUUCAGUUACUGCCUGCAGUAUGGCAAAAAUACGCUUCCAGCUGUGCAUUCAGAUUCUUAUUUCGCUCCUCCUCCCUCAUGAAAGGAAACAAACCUGAAUUAUUUUCCCUUAUGUAAGUCUAUAUUGACAUUAAAGUGACAAAUCCAAAUCUGGUACAGAGGCUGCAUAAUACUAUAGCAAUAUAAACAAAUUAGUUAAUGAUUACAAUUCCUUGCUAACAAGUAGGAGAGCUGUCAGACAUUGGUUUUUCUUUAAUGUGUAAACAAGAAAAUAAUAUCUACCUCACAGGUAGAAAAUUAUUACUUUAACUUGUGCAAAGUUUGUCCUUAAAAAUGCAUGUUCUAUCCUUUUGUCAUCCUAAAGUUAUUAAUCCACUUAAAUCUCAAGAAUGUGAAUGGCAUAAUUGAAAAGGUUUUAAAAAGCAGGAAUAUUUUAGAAAUAGUGACCUAUUAUUUGCUGUUAACUGUUUUGGAAAAAUACGUUUAAUAAAUUAUU